ACACCCACUUUUUCUCUCUUCCAAGAGUGAGUCUGCUCCACAACCUUAUAAAUAUGUUUCUGUAGCUGUGCAACCUAGUGUCGGUCAACCGUUCUUAAGCAACAUCACAAGCAGUCACUUUAAGAGCGACUUGCGCAAGCCCAUUGCAUGUUGUGCCAUAAUCAGCACCCUCAAUAGUUAAGUAACAGUAUUAGCAUCAUUCGCCGAGGUUACACAGCAGAAGAUCAAUGAGUUCAGCAUACAAAAGCAUUACUUCAGCUGAAUGAUCAUAUGAUAAGUAAGUCGGCAUGGACCAGAGAGUGGAAGAGAGGCUUCUGGGAUCAGAAGACGAGGCCAAGACCAGAGGGCUGCGAUGGAGGAUUUGGGACGAAACGAAGACGAUGUGGAAGAUCGCAUUCCCUGCAAUGUUGUCGAGGGUGACAUUAUUUGGGAUAAUAAUAGUUACCCAGGCAUUCAUCGGACAUAUUAGCGCGCUGCAAUUCGCCGCCUUCGCGAUUGUACAGACCAUACUCGUGAGGUUCGUCAGCGGAGUUACGCUGGGCAUGUCCAGCGCCACCGAGACCCUCUGCGGCCAGGCCUUCGGAGCCAAGCAGUACCACAUGAUGGGCAUCUACCUCCAACGCUCCUGGAUUGUCAGCACCGCCGCCACGACCAUCCUCAUCCCGGCCUUCAUCUUCGCCACCCCGCUCUUCACCCUCCUCGGCGAGGACGCCUCCAUAGCUGACAAGGCCGAGCCGGUGGCCCUUGGCCUCAUCCCCAUCAUGUACAGCACCGUCUUCAGCGCCACCAUCCAGAUGUUCCUCCAAGCGCAACAGAGGAACUUCAUCGUCAUCUGGUUCGCCACGGUGUCGUUCUUGCUCCACUUGCUCCUCUCCUGGCUCUUCGUGAUGAAGCUAGACUGGGGGCUCGCCGGAGCACUCGGCGCGAUGAACGUGUCGUGCUGGUCGCUGGUGGCGGCCGAGUUUGUCUAUAUAUUCGGAGGGUGGUGCGGGGAGACGUGGCAAGGGUUCUCCACGGCGGCUUUUAGUAGCUUGUGGCCGGUCGUCAAGCUCUCCGUGUCCUCCGGCGUGAUGCUCUGCUUGGAGUUGUGGUACAACUCUGUUCUUGUACUGCUUGCUGGGUACAUGGAAAAUGCCACAGUAACCAUAUCAACCUUCUCCAUCUGCCUUAGCAUAGCAGCAUGGAUCCUAAUGAUCGGCCUCGGUUUCCUAGUUGCUGCAAGUGUGAGGGUCUCGAAUGAGCUGGGGAGAGGAAACACCAAAGCUGCAAAAUUUGCCAUCAAGGUCAUCUUCAGCACGGCAACGUGUUUCGGGCUAGUCUGCGCGGUCCUGUGCCUUCUCUACAGCUACCAAAUCGCAAAGUUGUUCACAAGCAGCGAGGAAGUGGAUGAGUCUGUGUCUGAACUCUCUUACCUACUUGCACUCUCGGUGUUCUUGAACAGCGUCCAGCCAGUUCUCACAGGGGUGGCCAUAGGAGCAGGAUGGCAGAGUGUGGUUGCAUUUGUUAAUAUUGGAUGCUAUUACCUGAUUGGGGUUCCCAUUGGAGCUUUACUGGGAUAUGUUGCCCAUUUGGAGGUCAAGGGAAUAUGGAUAGGAAUGAUUUGUGGGGUCACUUCACAGUUGCUUGCUCUUGUCUACAUGACAUGGAAAACAAAUUGGGAUGAACAGGUGAUCAGGGCCUCUGAACGGCUGAAUCAUUGGCUUUUGAAACCAUCUGAGACGUCAAGCCAAAACACAGGGAAUAGUACAGAAGACUGAACAGCGAUGACUUAUGGUCAGUGAAGUAGCAUUUUGCAUCAACAAUGUCUAGGUACGCAGUCAAGAAUCUUACUGGAUCUCUGGAAGAAGCUUAGUCGACCAUCGGCGUGUGAAGCUCCUUCCUCAUUUCGAAACCCAGCAAGUGUUGCAGCUACUGUUUCAGGUCAUUUAGGCCAUCCUUUCACGAGAGUUUUGCUAGCACUGCCCCCGAUAAUCAAUGACAAAUACUCAAGCUCAUGUGCUUAUACUACUAUUGGAAAUAUUGCGAAUAUUGAGCAGUUCGUAUUUACUACUGAAACUCAAGAUGAUCUCUGGCAGGAAGAUUUCGGAUGUGAUGACUAUAAUGUCCACUCACAAUAGAGUGGUAAGGACUAGAUCUUUAAUCCACUAGUUAACAUUCAUGUUGUAGAAUGGAUCACCUUAUAUUUCUUGAAUAUUUAUGGACUGCUUAUUUAAUGAUGUCCACUCACGUCGGAGACAAUCAAAAAAGGGCCAAAACUUCUCUA